AUGAGCAACAAAAGUUUCGAACAUGUGCAAAGUGAUCAGAGGAUGAUUGUCACCAUUUUUGAGCAGAAUUCGAAUUUUACAAAGUGGGUUUUUGACCGUAUUGUAAAAUUUGAAAAUUUUAAGAAUAAAAUUUAAUUUAAAAAAUCGUGAAGAUAAUUUUUGAAAUUAAAAUUUUUAAUCGUCACGUAAACCUGCCACGUCAAUUUUCUCAUUUUUUUGCGAAAUUUUAUAAUUUCCAGUUUUCUCUUCCACAAUGGGUGGAAAGUAGGUGUUCUGACGUCAUUUUUCAAUCGCACCAAAUAAAAAUUUCCCAAAAAUUUUCAGAAGUAAUUUCACACUGAGCGGCGUUCUUCUUCUAAAUGGCGAUCAAAUGUCGGCUUGGUCCGAAAUCUCGCUGGCCACAUUUAUCUGGAUGGCUUUACCAUUUUUAGUAAGUUUUUUAUAGGUUUCUCUAUAUUUGGUUUAUUGUAGUUUGAAUUUUUGCAGUUCUACGGCGCCUGCUCCUCUCUAAUUGCUCUUUUCACUCUUCGCAAGCAUCCUUAUAUAAUUUUCGUUCUUUUGCCAUUUUUCAGUGAGUUUUCGUGUCUGAAAACCUAAUUUUAAACAUUUAAUUGUAAAAAUAAUGAUAAUUUGCAGUCACAACAAUUCUAAUUCCACUAAGUUUUGGUGCUCCAACAUCAAUGAUUUUGGCCUACGCGGUUUCUUCGACAGAUUUGGUAAGCUCAAGCCUGAAUUUCAGACUCAAGUCUAGAAACAUGAUUUUUUUUUAGAGUGUCUCACCAGCAGUUUGUAUGGUUUUCGGGUUUUUGCAAACUGUCAUCAUUUUUAUUGUUUCAACAACAAGGCUUCAUGCGACUUUAUAG